GACAUGGACAAGGAGGAUGUUUGGGAGCCAUCAGUCACCUGGCCUCUGCAUGAUGGUCAUGGCCUCGUGUUCCAGGAGAUGGAUGAGGAUGAACGUAAAGGGUGGAGCCCAAAGGAAAGUGAUGCAUCUCGAUCACGGAGCAGACGGAGUUGGAUCUGGAACCAGUUUUUUGUUAUCGAGGAGUAUGCUGGUCCUGAACCUGUUCUCAUUGGAAGGCUUCACACUGACAUGGACAGAGGUGAUGGGCGUACCAAGUAUGUGCUCCGAGGCGAAGGGGCGGGGUCAGUGUUUGUGAUUGAUGAAAAGACAGGCAACAUCCACGUGACGAAGCCCUUGGACAGGGAGGAGAAGGACGAGUACCGGCUUAUCGCCACGGCAACAGACAGCCAGACAGAGCGUGCCCUGGAGCCCUCUUCCCAGUUCAUCAUCAGGGUGCAGGACAUCAAUGACAACCCACCUGUGUUUGAAGAUGGGCCGUACAGCGCUACCGUCUCUGAGAUGGCCAACAUAGGCACAUCCAUUGUUCAGGUGACAGCGACUGAUGCUGAUGACCCCACCUAUGGGAACAGUGCUCGUCUGGUUUACACACUGGUGCAAGGCCAACCUCAUUUCUCUGUGGACCCACAGACAGGAAUCUUGCGGACAGCAGUCCCUGAUUUGGACAGAGAAACUCAGGAUCAAUACCUCAUUGUACUGCAGGCUAAAGACAUGGGUGGCCAUCUUGGAGGACUUUCUGGAACCACCACAGUCACUGUGAAACUGACAGAUGUCAAUGACAAUCCACCCCAUUUUACCCAGAGCUCCUGGUUGUUCUCUGUUUCCGAGUUGGCGGCACCAGGGGCGGAGGUGGGCCGGAUCUCCGCAACAGAUGCUGACCUGGGAGAGAACGCCAAGCUGGAAUAUACCAUCCUGGAGGGGGAGUCAGGAGACACCUUCAGCAUUACCGGAGUAAACCAGGAGGCCAUUAUCACCCUCACUAAGGCUGUUGACUAUGAAAGUCGGAGCUCAUAUUCCUUCUCUGUGGAGGUGAUGAACCCAACUGUUGACCCACAUUUCUUGCGGCAUGGCCCCUUUAAGGACCGUGCCUCUGUCCGAGUGGCUGUACUGGAUGCAGACGAACCACCACGUUUCUCCCGGGCUCGGUACCACAUGGAGGUUUCAGAGAACUGCCCCCCGGCAUGCACUGUUGGACGCAUUAGUGCUGUGGACCCAGACACAGGACUCAGCAGCAACAUCAGGUACUCCAUUGAUCCUCAGUCAGAUCCAGAGGCUUUGUUCCGCAUCACCCCAGACACUGGGCUUGUCACCACGACAGCGGAGUUGGACCGUGAGCAUGAGCAGUGGCACAAUAUCACCAUCAUUGCCACUCAAAGAGAUAACCCCAGCCAAGUUUCUAGAGUGCUGGUUGCCAUAGAGACACUAGACCUGAAUGACAAUGCUCCAGAGCUGGACCGACAGUACACGACAGCCAUGUGUGACUCCGCCUCCACUGGACAGGUGGUGCAGGUGUUGAGAGCAAUUGAUAGAGAUGAGGGAGGGAACGACAGCACAGUCUAUUUCAACAUCCCUCCAGACUCCAGUGCUGCACUCAACUUCAGCAUUAGAGAGAGUGGAGGUCCCACUGCAAGCCUCGUCCUCGUCUCGCCUUUACAGGCACUCUCCCGCUCUUCCACGUCCUCUCUGACGCUCCAUGUUCCUCUGGUCCUCAGGGAUGUAUCCUCAGGUCUGACGAGCACAGCGACAGUCACUGUGUCAGUGUGUCCCUGUCUGAGAGGAGGUGCACGAGCAGGGGAGAAGGAGAAGCAGAGUGAUGCAGACUGGGAAAGGGAAACUGUGUGUCUACCCCAGCACUCUUCCCUGCCUUCUCCGGGUCUCAGCACAGCAGCCCUACUAGCAAUUUUAGCAUGCGGGGCGACACUUUUGGCUGUCACUGCUCUGUCUCUGUCCCUGCGCAGACAAAAAAGGGACUCGCUUUCUCCUUUAGAGGAGGACGAUGUCAGGGAGAAUAUCAUCACUUAUGACGAUGAGGGAGGCGGUGAAGCCGACACCGCUGCCUUUGACAUCACGGCACUCCAGAGCGCCCCCCACAGUGCUCGCAGGGGAUACCGAACCCUAGACAGCAGGAACAUACGUCAAUCUCAGCAUGGCCAGGAUAAAUCACGGACAUACAGCAGCUGGGCCCAAUCAGGAGCUGUGGACAGUGGGCAGUAUCCCAGUCAGACUCCUCUAUAUGGUCGCUUGUGUUACAGCAGCCAGACUCUCCCUGUGCUACGGCGGUCACAGGGUCCAUACAACCCUGGCCUGACUGAACUGGGAUAUCGCUUAUCCGGUGGCCAGCCAGAUCAUUCCCUUGUAAUCCAUAACCAAGGUGCAAUGGUGGGGCCACUGGAACCAGGAGCAUUGUACAUGGGGCCCAGUGAGGUGGGGAAUAGCUCUAGAGAGGGAACCGCGUCCCAGGAGGGAGCCACUGCAUCUGAAGAAGGAACGCCACAGAAAAAUGAUGCCAAGGAAGAUUUGGGCAGUGAUGCCCAGCAGAGCCAGGAUCUUAACUGGGUGCAGUCAGAGUCUGCUCCACGGGAACUGGUGCUGACUCGCUCAGGCUCACUGGCCAGGCCUGGGGUUUCAGGUGGCUGGUUGUGUGAUUCAGCCACAUUACCCAUGGCAGGGCGGUGCUCCUCACGUGCUGGGCUCUCACCAAAAAAGAGUGCAGCUGGCUCCCCAGAAGGUACAGAUGGAGCAAACAAUACCAUGCAAUCUGUCAACUGCAAUUACACCACCAUCCUGCAGGGGGAGCAGCCAAAGGACUACACGGGUAACUUGAGCCAAGGAGGAUUGGAGAUGGGAAGUAGUUUUGUGGUAGCAAGGCCAGAAGGGGGGAUUCCACUGUGUGUCCCAGAGAGCACAGGGUUUGUGGCUGACUGGCGGGAUCGGGUGGGCAUGGGGGCUUACAGCCUGGGCAGGAGGGAUAUGAUGCCCCAACUGCUGCCCUACCCUGGCCAAGGUCGAGGGGCAUUUGGAGGGAUCCUGGGAUAUGGAGGAACUUGGCCUACACUGCCUGAAGCAGCAGGAAGGGGUAUGCAAGGAGGAGGUGGUCAGUCCCUGGCUUUGAGAGUCGGUGAGUUCCUGCGGCUACGCCUGGCGCAGGUGACCUUUGAUCCAACGCAGCCUCCGUAUGACUCGGUGCAAGUGUAUGGGCUUGAAGGUACAGGGUCACGCGCUGGCUCUCUCAGCUCCCUGGAGAGUGAAGGAGAGAAGGAGGCCAAUAAGCAGGAGUGGGGUAUUGGGCUGGAGGAGUGGGGCCCACGUUUCCACAAACUAGCCCAACUGUUCGAAGAAAGAGAGAAAGAGAUAGAGGAUGAAAGGGAAAGCAAGGCAGAGACACCCAGGAGACAAAACAAUAAAGAGAAACAGGAGAAUGAGGAGAAGUCUGGAGAUGAAGGGAAGGACAGAGACUGAGAGGUCGAGUCAGGGAUGGUGUAAGGGUAUGGGUGGAUAAGUAAA